GAUUUAUUUGAAAUUGACUGAGAAUAGUUGUGUCUCGGGUGCAAUGUGAUGUUUAAUGUCUCCAAUAUUACAAUAAUGCUUAUGAUGUUAGCACAAUGUUUAUGAUGGUAUUAAUAAAUAAGCCUCACAGACUCACUCACCCGACUUUGGGGAUGAAAUUGAGUCCAGCUGUGGCCCGUGGGAGGACAUAGCAGCUGCAGAACUCAAAGAGGCACCAUCUCCCCGAAUCCAUCCUCCCCCAUGCUUUGCUGCAAGUCCUACCCUAAUGGCACAUCCAAAGGGAACUCAGGACUGGCUAGGAGGCCAGCCCUACCCAGCCUUGAUGACCAUGGGACAGGGGCACAUUGUUGUCCUCUGGGUCUCAGGUGUUGCAUCUGUCACGGAUUGCUACUCCCAGCCCUGAGCAAUGAUGAAGAAAGUGUGGGUGCCUUCUCUCCCUUGGGGGCUGGGUUUGCGAGAUAGUGCCAGGCAUGCUAUAAGGUGCUUAGUUAAUACUGGCUGGACAGCACUGUGUUAAAAAAUGUACCACCUCCCUGCCUUGGGCACCCAUUUAAGCAGGGAUGGGGAGGUCUUGGGUUGGAGGGCCUGGUGAGCUCCACUUCCUGGUCAUGUCUAUUCCUUUCCUGACCACACCCACCUGACUGGCACCUGGGGCCAGCGUGGUCAGCCCUGUGGCUGGAGGGUGCAUGCAGGGAAGUGUGUUGGGCCUGGGUUCUGAUCCCAGCUUGUGGCCUGAGGUGCUGAGCCUGCGUAUUCACAUCUCCCAGAUGGACAGGCAGAAGGCUCAUCACACCUGCCGUCUGUGAGCUGCCACCACCACCAGUCUGGACACCAUGCUGGGCCUCUGACCAAGCUCUCAGUCCAUCUCUGCUCUUCCUGGAGGAAGAGUCAGCUUUCCUCUCCAGCUUCAAGUGGGCAAGUCAGUUUGCUCAGGGUCCCACAGCAAAUACCAUGCAGCCAAUGUAUAUACCGAAGCAGGCAGGAUCCAGCCUAACCUCUGCUUCCUCCACCCGCAUGGAACCCAUCGCCACCCCCACAUGCCAAGGCAAAUUCUCAGCUCUCCUGUUCCCCAAGAGUGGCUGCCGGGACCUCUCUGGAGAGGGUCAGGAUGGCAGCUGUAUUUCUGGGCAAGGUCCCCAGCAUGGAGAUGCUGAGGUGUCUUUGUGUAUCACAGGUGGAGCACCAUGGAGGGCGACUGUCUGAGCUGCAUGAAGUACCUGAUGUUUGUUUUUAAUUUCUUCAUAUUUCUGGGCGGGGCCUGCCUGCUGGGCGUCGGCAUCUGGGUCCUGGUGGAUCCCACGGGCUUCCGGGAGAUCGUGGCAGCCAACCCCCUGCUCAUCACUGGCGCCUACAUCCUCCUGGCCAUGGGGGGUCUGCUGUUCCUGCUCGGUUUCCUGGGCUGCUGCGGGGCUGUGCGUGAGAACAAGUGUCUGCUUCUGUUUUUCUUUCUGUUCAUCCUGAUUAUCUUCCUGGCAGAGCUCUCCGCAGCCAUCCUAGCCUUCAUCUUCAGGGAAAACCUCACCCGCGAGUUCUUCACCAAGGAGCUCACCAAACACUACCAGGGCAACAAUGACACAGACAUCUUCUCUGCCACCUGGAACUCGGUCAUGAUCACGUUCGGCUGCUGUGGGGUCAACGGGCCCGAGGACUUCAAGGUUGCAUCGGUGUUCCGACUCCUGAGCGUGGACAGUGAUGAUGUGCCCGAAGCGUGCUGCCGCCGGGAGCCCCAGGCCCGGGACGGGGUCCUGCUGAGUAGGGAGGAGUGCCUCCUGGGAAGAAGCCCUUUUCUUAACCAGCAGGGCUGCUACACAGUCAUCCUCAAUGCCUUCGAGACCUAUGUCUACCUGGCUGGAGCCCUGGCCAUCGGGGUCCUGGCCAUUGAGCUGUGCGUCAUGGUCUUCGCCAUGUGCCUCUUCCGGGGCAUCCAGUAG